CAUCUAGGUACCUAUCGACAGAUGAAUGCACCAACGACUUAUGAUCACAACUGCUUCAACCACGUUCCACCCACCUCAGUUACCGAUCCAGCUUGCGUUACACUCAACGUGUCGAAAACCAUCUCGUAAUUCGUGCGAUCCCGCUGUUACUCCUGAAAAUAGUCGUCCGUAGUCAAAGACGGAACUAGACACGCCGCGGAGAUACAUCUCCUUCUCCCUCCCUCGAGCUCACGGCACACCUCACCGAGCAUCAGUUUCUUGCCCUUUGCCCUGUCAACCACGAUGGACGUGGCACAGGCAGUUACCGGCUAUGUUUCUCGCAUAAUAUCUUCGGCCGACCCUUCAUCAACAACCCAGUCGGCGAAAAUGAAGGUUCUACUGCUGGACCGGGAGACAGUUCCUAUCGUGUCCACAGCUAUCACCCAGUCAGCGUUGCUGAACCAUGAGGUCUAUCUUAUCGACCGGAUCGACAACUCCAACAGAGAGAAAAUGCGCCAUCUCCGGUGUCUUUGUCUUGUUCGCCCGUCACCCGACUCGAUCCAGCUCCUAAUCGACGAGUUGCGAGAGCCUAAAUAUGGCGAGUACCACUUGUACUUCACCAACGUCGUCAAGAAGUCGUCUUUAGAGAGGCUCGCCGAGGCCGACGACCAUGAAGUCGUCAAGCUUGUUCAGGAGCAUUUUGCCGACUUCAUUGUCAUCAAUCCCGAUCUGUUCUCGCUCGGUCUCGGCCUUCCCCACCAGCGUCUCUGGGGAAGCAACCCGGAAACUUGGAACCCCGACGCCCUUCAAAGAAGUGCCGACGGACUCGUCGCCGUCCUACUCGCCCUCAAAAAGAAGCCUUUGAUUAGGUACGCCAGGAACAGCCCUCUUACAAAAAAGCUGGCAACAGAGAUACGAUAUCGCAUCACACAGGAGGAACAGCUUUUUGACUUCAGGAAGGUGGACACACCUCCUAUUCUCCUCAUUCUUGACCGGCGCGAAGACCCAGCAACGCCCCUGCUCACCCAAUGGACCUAUCAAGCCAUGGUGCAUCAUCUACUCGGCAUCACCAAUGGCCGGGUUGAUCUCAGUGACGUGCCGGACAUUCGUCCGGAGCUCAAGGAGAUCGUCUUGUCACAAGACCAGGACCCUUUCUUCAAGAAGAACAUGUACCUCAACUUUGGCGACCUAGGCGGUAACAUCAAGGAUUACGUCGAACAGUAUCAGUCCAAGACGCAGAACAGCGCCAAUAUCGAAUCUAUCUCGGACAUGAAACGCUUCAUCGAAGAGUACCCCGAAUUUCGCAAACUCUCCGGAAACGUGAGCAAACACGUCACAUUGGUCUCAGAGCUGAGCAGGCGGGUCGGCGCCGAGAAUCUGCUCGAGGUCAGCGAACUUGAGCAAAGUCUUGCGUGUAAUGACAACCACGCAGCUGAUGUAAAGAACAUCCAAAAACUAAUUCAGUCACCCAGGGUGACGAGCGACAGCAAGGUUGCUCUCGUUGCUCUUUAUGCGCUGCGAUAUGAACGCAACCCUUCCAAUGCACUGCCCAUGCUUGUUGAUCUCUUGGUAGCGGCUGGCGGUGUUUCGGUACGGCGAGCGGACCUUGUCGCCAAACUUGUGGCAUAUCAAUCUUCUCUACAGCAGUCUCAAACAGGUAUCACAGACAUCUUUGAGGGGGCCGGCAUCUUCGGAGGUGCAAGCAACCGGUUCAAGGGGCUCAAGGGUGUCGAGAACGUUUACACCCAGCACAGUCCCCUGCUUGAAAGCACUCUCCAGAACCUGAUUCGAGGAAAGCUCAAAGAGCAACAAUAUCCCUUCGUCGAGGGCGGGGGUACCACUCGAGAUAAGCCUCAAGAUAUCAUCAUCUUCAUCGUUGGGGGUGCGACGUAUGAGGAGGCCAAGACAGUUGCAACAAUCAACGCAAGCUCGCCUGGAGUGCGCUUGGUCCUUGGAGGUACAACGAUCCACAACUCGGCAACAUUUCUCGAGGAGGUCGAAGACGCCGUGGCAUCUUGGCCUGAGAGUCAAAAACCGGGGGCGAGGCGAUAGGGUGCCGGUUCGAGAGCCCCGAUUUGCGAGACAGAGAAGUUGGCAAAAGGAAGAGCGAGCAUCAUAGGUUAUGUACUAGCAUGUUGCGGCACAGCAAACCCUUAGUUUGUCUUUUCUCUAAAGGGAAUCCAAACACGUAACAGACACUCUACUUGGGUUCAAAGGGGAGAAGUCAACGGCGGGGAGCACUGGGCGGAAUGGACAGUUAUGAUCGAAACCCAUGAACGUACUACGAAUACUGUGUCGUUCGUUUGAUGGACAGGAUUGCCAAAACUACAACCAAAA